UGCAUUGUCAUAACAGAGUCGGAGCAGCGGUAAUAGUUUCCGUAAAAAUGCAUCAAACUCCAACAACCAUCGUCGUCGGUUGCGACUCAACAAAAAAAUCAAUCAAAAGUUGAAAACACACAAAGCUUAGCUACAAGCAGCUCCUACGUUCCGAUCAGAUCCAACCACGCCCCACUUCUCUCCCUCCUCGUAGGUCAAACUUCAAGUGAUUCCAGAGAAACCUCAUUUCAUAUUUUCACCAAAAACUGAGGUUUAUACCUUCUUUGAAUUCACUUCAUCUGCUGGGACAUAUAGAGAGAGUUGAAGACUGUAUCAUUAGAACAUAUCUGUAUAUAUAGUGAGUGCCCACUGGGUCAAAGAUAAAAUUUUCGAAGUCCCUGUUGGGUGAUUAAAGGCUGUGUGUACUAGAUCGCAUGCUCUGUCAGAGUUGUCUGUGAAUGGGAGCCACAAAGGUUGGCUGUUGAGUUUAAGAUUAUUGAUGGAGCAAAGAAAACAGCUACGCGGUAGUAGCACCGUCGAGGUUAUAUCCAGUCAGGGAGAUGUAGACAGAGAAGAGGUUUUAGAGCCUUUUGAUAUUGAAAAUGAAUCCAGGAAGGAGUCCAGCAGUUUUGAUGUUGGUUACAGUUCCGGUGAUAGCCUCGAAACGUUGCCUAAAGCCUCAACAGAGGCCAUCUCUCCCGCUGACAUUCUGAAAACACUCUUCUUUAUACUUGUAUGGUAUACUUUCAGCACAUUUUUGACUCUGUACAACAAAACUCUCUUAGGAGAUGAUUUGGGGAAAUUUCCUGCUCCCUUGUUAAUGAAUACCAUUCACUUUUCUAUUCAAGCGGUUUUAUCAAAGAUGAUAACUUGGUAUUGGUCGGGAAGAUUUCAACCUGAUGUUGCCAUAUCAUGGAGAGACUAUUUCCUUAGAGUUGUACCAACAGCACUUGCAACUGCUUUGGAUAUAAAUCUGAGUAAUGAGUCACUGGUCUUCAUAUCGGUUACUUUUGCAACAAUGUGCAAAUCUGCAGCCCCAAUAUUUCUUCUUCUGUUUGCUUUUGCCUUCAGGUUGGAGUCUCCAAGCCUGAAGCUUUUUGGCAUUAUUUCAGUUAUCUCAGCAGGAGUGCUGUUAUCAGUUGCAAAGGAGACAGAGUUUGAGUUUUGGGGUUUCGUUUUUGUCAUGCUCGCUGCUGUCAUGUCCGGUUUCCGUUGGUGUAUGACCCAAGUUCUUUUGCAGAAAGAAACCUAUGGCCUGAAAAAUCCCUUCACAUUUAUGAGUUACGUGGCACCAGUGAUGGCUAUAGUGACUGGUCUUCUUUCUCUCCUUCUGGAUCCAUGGAGUGAAUUUAGAGAAAACAUAUACUUUGAUAAUGGAGCGCAUUUUACUCGAACUUGUUUCUUGAUGCUUUUUGGUGGAGCAUUGGCUUUUUGCAUGGUUUUAACUGAGUAUAUUCUUGUUUCGGUUACUAGUGCUGUAACCGUCACAAUAGCGGGGGUCGUUAAAGAGGCGGUCACCAUAGUGGUUGCAGUGUUUUACUUCCAUGACGAAUUUACAUGGCUAAAAGGUUUUGGUCUGAUGAUCAUCAUGGUUGGUGUCAGUUUGUUCAACUGGUACAAAUAUGAGAAACUACAAAAGGGGCACAAAACAGAAGAUGAGAAGCAGCUACAAGCUCCAAGUCAAACUGGAAAAUAUGUGAUACUCGAUGAGACGGAUGAUCAAGAAAAUGGUCCCUAAGCAUUAUUUUUGUGUGUUGGCCCUUACACCGUUCUCAGGGAUAAGAAGCUCAAUAUCACCCUCCAUGGGCUCAAACACCAAGUUGAUCUUCUCCUCAGCUACCUCAUCCAACGUCGCUGGAUUCCACUGCACCAAACCCAACCAUAUAAGUUUGCUUAGUAUGUAUGUUAGAUUGCUGAUCUCAGUUCUAAGAGUGUAAAAACAUACCUUGGGAGAAUUGUCUUUGUCUAUGGUCAGAGCUCUUAUACCCUGCAACGUUAUUACACAAUCAGAGAUAAACAUACAUGAUGCUUGUUA